AUGGGUAGAUCAUUAUCAGGAGAUAUGAUUGUAUUGAGUUUCUCGUCCUCAUCAGGUCCGACCACCGGUUCUGACUCUUUUGGUGCCCCAAUUGUGUGGGAAGAAAGUUGGAAGUAUUUACUGAUGCAGACUAUACUAGAUCGAUUGAAGACAAAACAUCCACCACUGGUACUGUACCUUUGUGUGGGGAAACUAGAGUAUUUGGAAGGUAGAGUUGUUUCUACAGUUAGAAGAUUUGUAUUUCCUUUUCCUUACUAUGUUGUUAUGACAGAAGAUGAUAGUUUUCUCUCUACAACACUAAAGUUUCCUUUAUUUACAUGUCUGGGUAUUAAUAAAUUGGGUUCUUAUGCCACACAGGUUGACAGAGUUUCCCAUCUUGAAACUACUGGAAAAAUUUUUGAGGAAAGCAAACAAUUUUUGCCAGAUAUUACAAAAGAUACUGGUAUAACUGAAAUAAAGGUUCUGCAACCUCAUAGUGUUCACUCUGAUCAAGAGUCAGAGCCUCAUAAGGAUGUGUGCGACUCACAUGUGGUGGUGAAUGAUGAGGAACAUAAUAAAACUAAUAUUGUAUCAUCUCAGAGAGAUAGGCUUCAUCUUGAGCACACUUUUCCAAGAUAUGAAGAGUCUGCCCCCUUAGCUAAAUCUGAAGCUGCUAGCAGAAUUGGUUCUCAUAGUUUAGAAGAAGCAAGUGAUGUUGAGGACCAAUUGCUGAAGAAGAUGUUUCCUGAUACAAAAUUAAAUGAUGAUGGUUAUGGAUCUGCCAAGUUAAUUGAAUCUGGAGCUGAUAGCUGUAAUCAAUCUACCACACUCCGCUUUGAGGUUAGCCAAUACACUGGAAGGAUCCACUUAUACUUUUGCUCUCAUGGAUUAGAUUCAAGACCAAGGCCACUUUUUCAAAAUUUCCUACCAGAGGAAUUUGAGUUGCAUCCUAUUGUGGAGGACAAUGAGAAAAGGAAGUGCAAAUAUAUCAAAGAUGAUCCAAGAUUUAGAUCUGCCAUUAUUGAAUUCAUCCACGAAUGGAACAAGUUGAGGCCUAUUGAGAAGAGAAAAUUAUCUGGCAAACCUCUACAACUUCCAUUGUCUAAUGAAUUGUGCUAUUUGAAUGAAAGUCUCAACCAUGAUAAUGAGGGAUUGCUGAAGGAACGAAGCAAGAGGCGCAAAACACCUUUGCUGGAGAUAAGCCAUCCAUUACCAUCAAAUGCUGCUUGGAGAACAGUCAAACUCCAUAGGGAUCAUAAAAAGGAGAAACUUUACUUACAGGGAUGGUCUGAUAUGAAUGAACCACUCUGCAAGCUCUGUCAGACUCCUUGCAAGAAAAAUAUGGCCAAGACGCCUCAAUACUUUGAGGACCUCUUCUGUUGUUUGGGAUGCUAUGAAGAAUAUAAAUCAAGAACUAGCUAUAGAUAUCUUCGUGAGGGGCUUUUCCAAAUUGAACGUGGUAUCUGUACCAAUUGCUGUUUACACUGUCACAAACUCGUUGAGCACUUGAGACCUUUAUCAUUAGAGAAACGAAAAGACUAUAUCAAGAAAGUGGCUCCUAAUAUAGCAAAGCGCAAGAAACUUCUGGAUAAGCUCGUUCAUGAUCCUACAGAAGGCAAUGCAUGGCACGCGGACCACAUUAUACCUGUCUAUCGAGGGGGAGGUGAAUGCAAGCUAGAAAACAUGAGGACCCUUUGUGUUGCUUGUCAUGCUGACGUUACUGCUGAACAAUGUGCUGACCGACGUAAGACGAGGAAUAAGGCAAAAAACCUACUCAAAGGCAUUACGAGUGGCCUCAUUAAUGAGGAAAAGCCCAGGCCAAUUGAUCUUGUACUGGAGCGUUUCAAAUUUCAGGGCUACAAAGAGUCAGAAAUUCAACCAAAGAGUGUGGAGGAUGAUCUGUUAGUUGAGGUUCCUGGGAGUGCAUAUUCUGGAGUAAAUGUUACUAGAACCGAAGAAAAAUCAAGAGCAAGUUAAGCCCAUGAGUUCUUCAGAAAUUAUGUGCUCUGCUAGUGAAGCCUCCAAAGUCAUUCCUACAGAGACAAGGAAAAACCCAGAACCAGAAGAUCCCUGUAAUUCCUGCAAAAUCAAUAUAUGCUGAUAGCCAAGCAUCGGAAUUUGUACAAUGAAAAAGGAAGUUGAUAACAGUAAGUUUACGUUCAAUUUAAACGAUAUCCUGAUGCAAAGGUUAUCCUCCGUCUUGGAAGCUCUUGCAGUGUUUGUAGUAUGUUAUGGUCAAAUUACCUUGAAAUAUUAAAACAAAUAUGUCAAUAGUUUUUGCAGAAAUUGCAGCCAUUCUUGUUUGGUGCUCAAAACAAGCUCAAAGUAGUUUAUAUUGUAUCAGAUACUGAUUGUUCUGGUUUGAAACUGAUUUUGAACUAACAAAUCUUGACAUUCAUACUUGUAAUACUUGUUCAGAGCCUUUCCAUUUGCUCCAAAUGAAGUGGUUCUUACAGAUA